AUGGAGGGAAAAGAAUUCGUUUUUCAAUACGGCGCAAAGAGAACUAGUAAUUAUGCUGUCACCGCUGGGGUCGUAGACCGAACGGCACUGUCCAAUGGGGUUACAAAAUAUUCUACCAACAAAAUCCUCCACCCAACCUACGACGACUUCUAUCUUUACAACAACAUCGCACUCAUCAAGUUGACAUCCCCGUUCUCAUUAGGAGCCAACAUCAAUUUUAUUCGCCUUCCAAAACAAUCUGAUGCUACCAACACUUUCGUUGACUCUGAUGUGACCAUUUGUGGUUUCGGCAAAAAGGGCAACUAUGCCUACCCUUCGACCCUUCUUCAAACGGUUGGCCUCACCGUUACGUCUCAGGUUGAAUGCGCAGCCACUUAUGGAACUACUGCGAUUACUUCUUCCAUGAUGUGCACAGGUGCACAGCCUGAACUGUCUGUUUGUGGGGGAGAUUUUGGAGGUGGCCUGAUGUACAGAGAGGCUGACAGCCAGAAGACGAUUAUCGGCAUCGCCUCGUUCAUUUCAAGGAGGAGCUGUCUGCGUUACCCUGCAGUCUACACCAGAGUCACUAGCUUUCUAGGUUGGAUUUCCAGCAACACCGGGAUCGCUAUUCGCCCAUAAAUUUUGCUGGAAUUAAUUCA